CACUUGACAGAUUGCCAAUCAUGCCUUCUAACAAGUCAUUCAGAACCAAGGUCAAGCUUGGUAAGGCUCAGAAGCAAAACCGUCCUUUGCCCCACUGGUUCCGCUUGAAGUCUGAUACUAAGAUUCGCUGGAACGCCAAGAGACGCAACUGGCGUCACACCAAGUUGAACAUCUAAGUUGGAUGUGGCAUAAUGGACCUUUGGGUCAUGUAAUGCAAAAUUGCAUGUAGU